GCGCGCGCCGGCGGGGAGGCAGGCGCUGCGCGGCCGCGUCCUCGCGAGCGUCGCCAGGAUGUCCGCGCAGUCGGCUCGCAGCGGGCUGUGAGCGAAAGCGGCGGGGCUUUGUCCUGGGAAAUGCGCCCCGUGCCUCCCCGCUCCGAGAAAGACUCGCCAAGACUCCUGAGACGCCUUCUCUAGUCAGGAAACGGUGCCCACACCGCCUCCCUAUAAAAACCCUUGAGGGGUUUUGUCUGUGGUGGUUUUGUUUUCUUUUUCUUCUUUUUUUUUUUUUUGGUCCGCGUUUCUCUCCGUGUCUUCCUCUGCCGUCGUCUGAGGCCGGGCCUCUCUCUUUGUGGGGUUCAAAAAGCAAGAGCCAGGCGCUCGCCGGGCAGCAGCAAGUGCUCGUUUCUGAAACUUCGUCCUUUUUGGGAGAGGGGCGAACGCAAAGGAGCCGGCUUUCUUUGCUAGCCCGAUAAAUGCUCUUUCUGAAGAUGGACCUGUUGAACUACCAGUACCUGGACAAGAUGAGCAACAGCAUCGGCAUCCUGUGCUACGAAGGUGAAGCUGCUCUCAGGGGAGAGCCCAGAAUGCAGACCCUCCCGGUGGCCUCUGCCCUGAGCGGCCACCGCACGGGCCCUCCCCCCAUCAGUCCCGGCAAGAGGAAGUUCAGCCUGGAGCCUGGCGACGAUCGAGACUGUGAAAACGACCAUGUCUCCAAGAUGACGCGCACCUUCAGCCCCCAUCUGAACAAGUCCACUGCCAACGGGGACUGCCGGAAGGACCUGCGGGAGCGGAGCCGCAGCCCCAUCGAGCGUGCUGUGGCUCCUGCCGUGAGCCUGCACGGUGGCCACCUGUACACAUCCCUUCCCAGCCUCAGCAUGGAGCAGCCGCUCGCGCUGACCAAGAGCAGCGUGGACACUGGCAGGCCAGCCGGCCUCUCGCCCACCCUGACGCCCGUAGAGCGGCAGCAGAACCGGCCCUCAGUUAUCACCUGCGCCUCCGCCGGUGCCCGCAACUGCAACCUCUCACACUGCCCCAUCGCGCACAGCGGCUGCGCCGCACCCGGAACCACCAGCUACCGGAGGCCGCCCAGCGCGGCAGCCUCUUGUGACCCCGUGGUGGAGGAGCACUUCCGCAGGAGCCUGGGCAAGAACUACAAGGAACCUGAGCCGGCGCCCAACUCGGUGUCCAUCACGGGCUCCGUGGACGACCACUUUGCCAAAGCUCUGGGUGACACGUGGCUCCAGAUCAAAGCAGCAAAGGAUGGCGCGUCCAGCAGCCCUGAGUCAGCCUCACGCAGGGGCCGGCCCGCCAGCCCCUCCACCCAUAUGGUCAGCCACAGCCACUCCCCCUCGGUGGUCUCCUGAAGGGGGUGCCUCCUUCCAGCCACGGGCAGGUCUGCAUGGUUUGCCUGAGCUUCGAACAGUCAGUGCUUA